UCCUCCGCCGGCUUCUCGAUCUCAAGAUGGCGGUGAAUGUGGCGGAUCUUUCUUUGCCGCAGUUGGAGGGGUUGAAGGGGCAGUUGGACCAGGAGACAGAAUUCUUAACAUCAUCCAUCUCCCAGCUCAAGGUGGUCCAGACAAAAUAUGUGGAAGCAAAAGAGUGUGUAAACGUCCUGAACAAAGAGAAUGAAGGGAAAGAGCUUUUGGUUCCCUUAACCAGUUCAAUGUAUGUACCAGGAGUGCUAAAUGAUGUUGAACAUGUUCUAGUUGAUAUUGGAACUGGCUAUUAUGUGGAAAAGAAUGUUGAAGAAUCAAAAGACUUCUUCAAGCGGAAGAUUGAUUUCCUUACAAAGCAAAUAGAGAAGAUUCAACCCGCACUACAGGAGAAGCAUGCCAUGAAGCAAGCUGUUGUUGAAGUGAUGAACAUGAAGAUCCAGCAACUGCAUGCAGCACAGAACCCUCAGUCCAGCACAGCUAAAGCGUAGAAUUUCUCCUUUAAGGUCAACAUGCCAGUACAUUUGGAAAACGGGACUGGUGGGAAACUCUAGUGAGCUUCUGGUUGAUCUCCCACUCGGCUGAAGGGGGAGUGAAGGCAACAAAACUCAACCUACAAGUCAAGAAUGAUGAUUUUUUUUUUUGGAUUUUCAUUCCCUGACAACACCAAUUUCUUUUUUUUGAGGAAAGACUUUGUUUUAAAAGCAGUUAGGAACAGAGGUAAUGUUCAUUUGCAGUACCAGUAACGUUUUGCUGCGGUUUGCCUGUUAGGUUUAUUAUAUUUUGUAUUUAAGCACUGAAUUGUUCAAGUGUGGGACGUGACAAGCGAAUAAAGCCACUGUGUUUCAGCAA